UGCCUAUUUUAAAUCAAUUCACAUAAAAAUAUAAUCAUGUUUACUUAUAUUAUUCUAUUGAUUUUUGUAUCAUCAUUCCAUUUAGUUUGCUUUGAAGCUUUUUUUUUUUGCAUAGUUGAGAUAUCUCAACAACCGGUGGUAGCAUUUUUUCGUUAUUUAUUAUUUGUCUGGUGAAGUUCUAAAGACACUACAAUGAGAAGCGGCUUUAUUACUCAAAACACAGCAAACGGAAAGGUUGUGCUUGCCUGCGUCGAGUAUCUUACGUGCGCAUUUUUAGUGAAAAUUUCGUGAGGAACUCACUGAUAACUAUUCCAAGUAAAACGAUUAUAGCCGACCCAGCAACUGUUUCAGCUGAAACAAAGGUUAAAGAAUCUGUUUUAAUUUUGACAAGUAAGGAAAUAGCUAAUAAAUAUCGGCCGGGGCCAAUAAAGGCUAGCAAGGGAAGAUAUGAGUUUUCCCAGGUCCUCUCCAGAAUAUGUCUCAUCGGUUUCAGUAGAUAAACAGAUUGUACACCCUCCUGUCGCACCAUCUAGUGCUUCUGGAAAUUUCUACGGUGUUUAUCUACUCUUUUGCAUCACGCCACAAUUUUUUGGCGACACUUAUAUCGGCUUUACUGUCGACCCUGGGCGUCGAAUCAAACAGCACAAUAAGGGUGUCACAUCUGGAGGAGCUUAUACUACUAACCGAAAAGGCUCGUGGGAGAUGACAUUGGUAGUACACGGAUUUCCUAACGACAAAAGCGCACUUAGAUUUGAAUGGUCGUGGCAACAUCCAAAAAAGUCUCGAAGACUUGCUCACGUACCAGUUAGGAGGUAUAAGAAGGAGACGAAAUUUGAACACGCGCUUCGUGUGUUGUCCGUCAUGCUAUCAGUAGCCCCAUGGAAACGCUUGUCCCUCACAUUGCAGUGGCUUAUACCGAAGUACAUCAAGGAGCUACCCCUGACACCUCCUACGCAUAUGCUAAUUAUUCGGGAAGAAGUAGACCUCCCGAAAUAUUCGAAAUAUUAUCCUCCACCGCCCCCUCGUGGUCCAUGUAUUCUCUGCAAAACGGACCUUGCAAGAUCAGUUUGCUGUCGAUGUACUUCGUGUACAGCUGCCCCAACCCAUUUGCGCUGUUUUGCUCAACAAUGCGUAAUAACAUCGCGUGAACCGCACAUGCUUAUUCCAGUCAUGGCAAAAUGCGCGAACUGUCAGAAAGAGAAGCCUUGGAACAGUUGGAUUAGAGAAAACCUAUGCCAAGUGGUUGAGAAGACCGAAGAGGUGUAAUGGACCUAUGUUCCUGCGAAUACUGUUACUAUAUAUAAGAUUGUGAUGUGUGUCUUUUCAUUUAUUAUGUGUCGUAUAUUAGCUGUUUGCAUUGUACAGCUGUAUAUAUUAUUUGACAUGAUUCAUAUUAAAUGCGUUUGCCAAAAAUGGAAAAGUGAA